CCGGGAAGCAUCAAGACAACGACUCGCCGCUCGCUAGCCGAGGAGUGAAUGUCAACUCCAUUGCCUACAUGAACGAGGGAUCCACGAAGCACCAGUGGGGAAGAGACGGCAAGGACCACGCGCAGCCAGCAGAAGCGAAGAAGUGGGACUACGGGUCCAUGCCGGACUCGCCGUGGGCUUACCAGAAUCACGCGAUGAAGUCGCAGGGGUGGGAUCCCGAUGGCAAGGAGAACAAAGAGCUCCUGCUGGGUCGCUUCUGGAACUCCAGCAAAGACGCGCAGCUCUUGGGUGACAACUUCGUUCCCCAGCAGGAGUAUGCCAAGCAAAUCGAGGCACAGCAUGACGAGCUGCGCACGCCAGAUCAUGAUCACUUUGCUGACUGGGAGGCGAACUCAACCAAGAACCUCAAGCUGCUUUUCGGAGACUCCGGAACACUCGCCUACCACCACAACAAGAACAAGGAAACUUACGAGAAGAACGUGUGGGGGCUUGGUGAUGUGGCCACCGAGCCACAGGAUCUUGUGGACAAGGGGCUGACGUUUCGCUCCGACAUCCAGCGGACAGGAGAGCCGUUCACCGAUGCAGCGACGCCUUCUCGUGGCUGGUCAGGAGAGAACAUGAUCGAUGCUCAAGGCAACAUCAUCCAUGGACAGAACUUUCCGACUCAGCCGACUCAGCCGACUCCUCCUACGAAGCUAGAGACUCUCGGGGUGAAGGUGUGAACCCCGACUAGUCUUUCGUCUCUUUGUGUAUCCCAUCAAGGUCUUUACAAGUC